ACUAUUAUUCAUUAUAAAUAAUUGUAAUCUUGCAUCAAUACAUUAUUAUUAAGUUAUCCAAAAUUAAUAAACUUACAAAGUACAUUCCAAAAAAUAAUUACUUGCAUUCGAUCGAGCUAAAGGUGUAAAAAGCAAAAUAUUUAAAAACAGGAGACCGUGAACAAGACAUUUUCCCAGUAUAAACCUUGGUCUCAGAAAUAUGUAUAAGAAACCGUCUAAUCCAUUAUAUGCCAAUGUUUCUGGAGUAAAGUAUAAGAGUGAAGAGUUGACUGCCCCGGAACCCACCUACUACAAUACAGUGACUCAUAAAUUGCCACAACCUUCCCAAGGCAUUUAUAGCAAUGUGAACUACCAUGAAAAAUCCAAUAACAUAUAUUCUAACAUUGCUGAAACAGGCAAACCGACUUAUAAAAAUGCUCAAUAUCCAUUAUAUGACAACUUAAAACCAUUAGUAGGUAAAGAUAACAUACACUGUCCUCCAUCUCCAGUUAGUUCUAGUUACUCUGAACUUCAAAAAGCAGUUAGUUACGAAGAUGAUGCAAAAGAUUUUGAUAAUUCUUCUUCUCAAGCAUCAAAAAUGUAUGAAUCAAUCUAUGAGCCUAUUAAUGCUGUUCGUCCACCUAGUGAGUUAUCAUCUACAUAUUCAAUGAGCAGUCUUUCACAAUCCAUUACUACUCGUGAACAUGAAACCGAAGUUGAUUCUUUAACUGAUCUCCUUGUAAAUUCAAUGUCAGUCAACGAUGGGAAAAAAAGUUUGGAUAGCAAUGCAAGUUCUUUAGAUUGGAAUUGUACUAAAUGCAAUGAAAAAGUAAUGGAAGAAGGUCUUGGAUGCACAGCAAUGGGUAAUAUAUAUCAUAUAAAGUGUUUCACCUGUACCCAUUGUGGAGAUCAAUUGGAAGGCAAACCAUUUUAUCACAUUGAUAACAAGCCAUACUGUGAAGAGGGUUAUUUGGAUACACUGGAAAAAUGUUCUGUUUGUCAAAUACCAAUUUUGGAUAGAAUUCUUAGAGCCACAGGACGCCCAUACCAUCCACACUGUUUCCGAUGUAUUGUAUGCUCUACAUUAUUAGAUGGUAUACCCUUCACUAUUGAUGCAGCCAAUCAAAUCUAUUGUAUUGAUGACUUCCAUAAGAAAUUUGCUCCAAAAUGUAGUGUAUGCCAAUUUCCUAUUAUGCCAGAAGUUGGUCAAGAUGAAACUGUAAGAUUUGUAGCAUUGGAUCGAAGUUUCCAUGUGCAAUGUUAUAGAUGUGAAGAUUGUGAUACUUUAUUAGGAUCAGAAGCUGAAGGUAGAGGAUGUUAUCCAUUAGAUGAUCAUGUAUUGUGCAAAAGUUGUAAUGCUAAAAGAGUUCAAGCUUUAACAUCAACCAUGAUUACUGAGCUUUAAGUAACUAUGUCAGAGUUUAACAAAAUAUUCCUAAUUUGGACUCAGCAAUCUAAUGUAUAUGAUUGACUACCAAAGUUAGUUAUUAAGCACUAUUUGCAAGUCAAAUUGUAGCUAUUUAAACAUCAAAACCAUAACCAUCAUAUUAAUCCAUUAUAUUUAAAUAUAUUAGUAUAAUCAUGUUUUAAUGACAUGAUUUAUAAGUAUAUAAAGUUUCUGAACAAUUAUUGAUAAAUUAGUUGAUGGUAUUUCACUUGCAGUUAGCAAGUUAGUAUUAUUAAAAUAUUUUAGAACACAUAUUAUUGCAAUUAUUGGAUAAUUCCUUCUUUUUCUAACUUUUCUAUUUUUAUUAUUAUUAUUAUUUUUUUUUUUACUCUUAUCUAUAUUAGCCAUUAUAUAUUGUAAUUGUCAUUAAUCAUAAUGAAUAAUUCUCAUUCCAUACUAUUGUUACAGUAAUACUUUUAUAUUUUAAGAUUGUUCCAAUUGUUGACCACAUUCUUUGCUAGUCUAUUACUGAUAGUAAUUUUAUAAUACAAUUUUUGAAUUAUAAUAUACUCAUUACUUGUAUUUAUAUUAAUUUUAAAAUAUAAACUUUUUUUUUGAAAGUUAAGUAAUCAUAUUACCAGUAUAUAUUUUAUAUUGAUAUAUGACAAAAAUGUAUUUAACAUCUUGUUAAUUUAGUCAACUUAAUAAUUCAUAAUAUAUUAUUUAUUUGAAUUAGAUUAUUUACUAAUGUGUUUGUAGUAAUCUAUCUAACUGCUAUUAUUGGUAUUAUUCUUACAGUCCCAUAUUUUAUACCUUAUUAUUUAUAUAUAUUAUAGGUAUACUAAAAUAUAUGUAGCCUAGAAAGUGAUAUAAUAGCUAUUUAAAAUAAAUAUAAUAUCAAUCACCAUUAA